AUGGCGAUGAAGUAUUUGGUCCUCGCAAUUUCUAUAAUCAUUGCAUUCAAUAAUUUCACUUCAUUAGCACUGUGUGGUGGGGAUACGCUUCUAGUUGGAGAUUCGCUCGCUGGAAAUCAGACAAUAAUGUCAAAGAAUGACACGUUUGUUUUAGGAUUUUUCUGUCCGAGUGGAACGAAUAGUUGGUACAUUGGCAUCUGGUACGCACGAAUGUCUCCGAAGGUCAUAGUUUGGGUGGCUAACAGAGAUAAUCCUGUCAGAAGCAUGCCGGGAGUCCUGAAAUUUUCAAGCCACCGUCGUCUCAGUGUGUUUGAUAGAAAGGGCCGGUCAUUGUGGUCGACUGCUAUUGGUCUGAAAGGAUCGCGGGCAAUGAUAACCGAAUCUGGUAAUUUCAUUAUGCUGGGUUACGGUCACAACAAGUCUGACAUUGUUUGGGAGAGUUUCGCUCACCCGGGAGAUACAUGGUUGCCUGGCAUGAGGAUGUCGAAAGGCAUGAAGCUAACUUCGUGGAAGAGUUUGGCGGAUCCUGCAAUUGGGCUGUUCUCUUAUGGAAUGGACAGGUCUUCAGGAAUGACGCAGAUGGUGAUGAUAUAUAACAACAGUGUUCCAUAUUGGUCAAGUGGAGAGUGGACUGGCAGUUAUUUUACCAAAGUUCCGGAGGGGAAUGAUAAUAAGAUAUUCGAAAUGAUUUGUGAUAGGGUUUCUCCUUCAAGAUUACAGUUUCAUUUCAGAGUAAAGCCGUCAGGACAUAUCCUGACAGGGCGAAUCCUCUUAGACGAGAAUGGCGAGUUAAAAGUUUACCUCGCGAUGGAUGAUGGUACUUGGAAUCAGAUAUGGUCGUCACACCGAGGUCAAUGCAGUCAGUUUGAAAUCUGCGGGGCGUAUGGACUGUGUAAUGCCAAUGAUGUGUGUAGUUGUGUUGAGGGUUUUACACCCAAGAACGGCUCUCAAGGUUGGUGGUCGAGUGGGUGUGCUCGACGAAAACCCUUGCAAUGCUCUGUCGAAGCGGGCACAACAGACGGCUUCGUGGAAUCCAAGAACCGAUACUUACCUGAAGAAGAAGCUCUCUCAUACAACAAGGAGCCAACAAUAGAAGCCUGCAGGACUGCUUGUCUCAACAAUUGCUCAUGUACAGCAUUUACUUUCAUUAUUUCUGACCUACCAAUCUGUAGGCUCUGGUUAGGGGAUUUAUUCAAAAUGCGCGUUUCAUCUGAGAAUUAUUCCAUUUUCAUCAGGCUGGCAGCUUCGGAGUUGCCGCACUCGACAUCAGAGAGAAGCAGCAAAGCCCCUGUACUUCUCUUUUUACUUCCCUCUGCCAUUAUUUCUGCUGCCCUUUUAGCUCUCCUUUUGGCCGCAUUUAUUCUGUGGAAACAUCGAAGACUGCAGAAGAAAAGCGUGGAAGAGGACGUGCCAAUCUCUCUCAAAACGUUCACUUACAAAGAGCUGAGAAUUGCAACCGAGAAUUUCAAGCAUACGCUGGGAAGCGGAGCAUUCGGGUCUGUGUUCAAAGGAACUCUGCCAAACAACACGCUUGUGGCCGUUAAAAGAUUAGAGGGUGCUGCAGGAGCAGAAAAGCAAUUUCGUGCAGAAAUAAACACCAUCGGGAGAAUACAACACUUGAAUUUGGUAACGCUCUAUGGAUUCUGCGCUGAAGGAUCUCGAAGGCUACUGGUAUAUGCCUACAUGCCCAACGGCUCUUUAAAUUCCUCUCUCUUCUGUGAAGAGGAAGAAGCAGAGAAGGUGUUGGAUUGGAAAACCCGUUUCGAGAUCGCACUGGGCACUGCACGAGGACUAGUUUAUCUCCAUGAGGAAUGCAGGGAUCAUAUCAUUCACUGUGAUAUUAAACCGGAAAACAUUCUUCUGGAUGGUGACCUUCGCCCGAAGAUAGCCGAUUUUGGGUUGGCAAAGCUGGUGGGCAGAGAUUUCAGCCGUGUAUUGACGACCACAAGAGGAACUCGGGGUUACUUGGCUCCCGAGUGGAUCUCGGGCCUUCCUAUCACUCCAAAGGUGGACGUUUACAGUUUUGGUAUGGCGUUGCUGGAAAUGAUAUCUGGUCGUAGAAAUCUGGACUUGAAGUUGGAGGAGAGCAGAUUCUACUUUCCUACCUGGGCUGCAUCUCAAAUUCAGAGAGGAAACAUAAUAGGCGUUGUGGAUGUAAGGAUAGCAAGUGAGGCGAAUAUUGAAGAGGUGAGAAGAGCCGCUGUGGUUGGAGAACUGUGCAUUCAACACGAUGAAAAUAUGAGGCCGAGCAUGGGUGAAGUGUUGAAGAUACUGGAAGGGACGAUCGAGGCUCCUACGCCACAAAUCCCGAGGUCUCUACAGCUACUGGUAGAUCAGGUAGAAGACGACGACAAUGAUAUGUCUGCUCAUCUUCCUUGCAUAUCAAGUGGUUUUAAGGACGUCUAA